AUGAGCUGUCUCGGGAUUUUCAUCCCCAAGAAGCACCGGCAGCGGUUCGACGAGGUGGUGUCGCAGAGCCUGAUCAGCAAGCUCUGCCGCUCCAAGAGUGAGCACCACAGCAACCGGCUGCGGCGGAGCCGGAGCGAGGACCACCAGGAGAGGCUGCUGGUCUCCACCCGUGCCAGCUCCGUGCCCCGCAGCCACGAAGAGGUCAGCAAGAGCCUGAGGAAAACCACCUCGCUCAUCACCAGCAAUGUGGCCACAGGGGCUGCCCGCAGAACCGUGCGAGUUUACAAAGGCAACAGAAGCUUUGGCUUCACGCUGCGUGGCCAUGCCCCGGUGUGGAUUGAGUCUGUUCUGCCAGGCAGCCCAGCUGAGAAGGCUGCUCUCAAAGCUGGAGACAGGAUUCUCUUCCUCAAUGGUCUGGACAUGAGGAACUGCUCCCAUGACAAGGUGGUGUCGAUGCUACAGGGCAGUGGGGCCAUGCCCACCUUGGUGGUGGAAGAGGGGAUUGUCAACUUCUCCAAUGACUCUGACUCUGCUGACUCCCUGAGCAGCUCCUCCGCCCUCACCUCCCUGCAGUGGGUUGCAGAGAUACUCCCCUCUAGCAUCAAGAUCCAAGGAAGGACCUUCACCCAGCAGCUGGAGCACCUGCUGACUCCCCCAGAGCGUUAUACCAUCUGCAAAGCACUGGAAGGCUUCUUCCAACAUCGGAACAUUGACACUCUGAUCGUGGACGUGUACCCAGUGCUGGACACACCAGCCAAGCAAGUCAUUUGGCAGUUUAUCUACCAGCUGCUGACCUAUGAAGAGCAGGAGCACUGCCAGCAAAAGAUUGCCAGGUUUCUUGGUUACAAGUCUUUGGCAGAGCCUGAACAUGAGGUCACUCUGAGCUCUGAGCCAGAAGCUGAGGAGCGGUACCGCAGCUCCGUUCGAGGGACCUCCCUGUGCCGGGGCAGCCUCCGAACCCCCCGCCCUGAGGAAGGGGGAGCAGCAAGCCAGAGUGACACUGUGGAGGUCCCUGUUCGCUUGAUCCCUGGAGAGAGACAGGCUGGUGAUGGCACAUCCCUCCCAGAGACACCCAACCCCAAAAUGAUGUCAGCUGUCUACGCUGAGCUGGAGAACCGCCUGAUUGGCAGCUUUGCUGGCAAGAUGGGAAACACUGCCCUGCACAGAGCAUCACCUCCUGCCCCAGAGCUGGCACAUGCUGCAGGUGCUCGCAAGGCGGGGAUGGGGCUGUCGUGGCCGAGCGAGGCGCUGGGCUCCCAGCAGUGCUACUACCGGCUGCACAGCAGCGUGGCCUCCCCGUGCAGCACCGAGUCCAACCCCUACGUCAGCCUGGACAGCAGCCCGGCCCCGUCCCCCAAGCACCGCCACUACUCCCUCAGCCCUCUGACCAGGAGGAAGAAGCUCUUCACCUUCUCCAGGCCACCUCGCAGCCGCGACACUGACCGCUUCCUGGAUGCCCUGAGCGAGCAGCUGGGACAUCGAGUCACCAUCGUGGAUGAUUUCCUCACCCCUGAGAAUGACUAUGAGGAGAUGAGUUUCCAUGAUGACCAGGGCAGCUAUGUCACCAAUGACGUCAGCAGCAGCGAGUACAUCAGCAGCAGUGAUGAGGGCAGCUCCCUGACCUACUCCACGCUCUCAGACCACAUCCCCCCUCCACCACUCAGCCCCCCACCUCCACCACCCCCUCUGCAGUUCCACGACCCCCAGACUGUCCCCAGCAAGGCAGAAGCCACCAAGGCUAGCACGGCACCUGCCCCUAAAUCCCUUGUGGGCCACCUGCACCCCAUCCCACCCCCUCCACCCCCGCCCCCCCCACCCCCAGUGCCCUGUGCCCCACCCCUGCACCGGGGGCUGCUGCACCGCCGGAGCGAGUCCAACCACAUGAGCGUCAAGAGGCUGCGGUGGGAGCAGGUGGAGAACUCAGAAGGAACCAUCUGGGGACAGCUUGGGGAAGACUCAGAUUAUGACAAGCUGAGUGAUAUGGUCAAAUACCUCGACCUGGAGCUGCACUUUGGGACGCAGAAGCCUACAAAGCCAACUCUCAUGCCUGAAAACUUUAAAAAGAAAGACGUGGUUGAGAUUUUGUCCCACAAAAAGGCCUACAACACAUCCAUCCUGAUAGCCCACCUCAAGCUCUCACACAUCGAGCUGCGCCAGAUCCUGAUGACGAUGGAGACGGAUCGCCUGGAGCCUUCCCACAUCAAGCAGCUCCUGCUCUAUGCCCCAGAUGGGGAGGAGGUCCAGCGCUUCCAGAGCUACAAGGAGAACCCCAGCAAGCUGAGUGAGCCUGACCAGUUUGUGCUGCAGAUGCUGUCAGUCCCAGAGUACAAGAUCCGCCUGCGCAGCCUCCACUUUAAGACCACUCUGCAGGAGAAGACAGAGGAGAUCAAAGCCAGCUACGAGUGCAUCUGCAAGGCUUCUCUAGAGCUGAAAAGCAGCAAGAAGCUGGCUAAGAUCCUGGAGUUUGUGCUAGCGAUGGGAAACUACCUGAACAAUGGACAGCCCAAGACCAGCAAAACAACUGGCUUCAAAAUCAACUUCCUCACCGAGCUGAACACAACGAAGACAGUUGAUGGGAAAUCCACCUUCCUGCACAUCCUUGCCAAAUCACUUAGCCAACAUUUCCCAGAGCUCCUGGGCUUUGCCAAGGAUCUUCCCACAGUGCCGCUCGCUGCCAAAGUGAACCAGAGGGCACUCACUGCUGACCUGAAGGACCUGCACACCACUGUCAGUGACAUACAGAUGGCCUGUCAUAACAUGCCAGCCACUGCAGAGGACAGAUUUGCAAUUGUCAUGACUUCCUUCCUGGAGAGUGCCCAGCCUGCCAUGCGAUCCCUGGAUGACCUACAGCACAAGGCCAUGGAAGAGUUCAGCAAGGUGUUGUCCUUCUUCGGGGAAGACUCGAAAAUGACAACUUCUGAAGCUUUCUUUGGCAUCUUUGCAGAAUUCAUGAGCAAGUUUGAGCGGGCACUCAGCGAUGUGCAGGUCGGCGAGAGCCAGCGCAGCCCCAGGAUGACCUCACCCCUUGCCUGGUGA